CCCACCACAACACCACCGACUACUCACUAUAAAGCUUGAAGCACAUCAGUACUUCAACCCCACGCAAACCGCGAUGGACGCCCAAAUCGCCGAAUGGCAAACCCGUGCCGAGGCGCUCAAGCCCCUCAACCUCAAAACCAUCGAGCCCGCGCUCCUCGAACUCGACGCCCACCUCACGCUGCGCACAUACAUCGUAGGCUACUCACUCACGGACGCCGACACGACUGUGUGGAAGACGCUUCGGGAGAACAGGGUGGCGCAUGCAUAUGUGAAGCAGGAUCUUAUGAAGAGCUUGGGGCGGUGGUUUAGGUUUGUUGAGGAGACGGGCGGCGAGAAGGUAGUGCUUGCUGUGCGGGGGGGCAAGGAGACGAAGGAUGGGAAGGAGAAGAGCGAUGAUGCGAAUUUUGAUAUUGGGCUGCAGGAGGUGGGGGAUGGGACGGGGAUUGUUACGAGGUUUCCGCCGGAGCCUUCUGGCUAUCUUCAUAUUGGUCAUGCCAAAGCAGCACUUCUUAACGAUUACUUCGCACACGAGAAAUACAAGGGCAAGCUGCUGCUCCGCUUUGAUGAUACCAACCCGACCAAGGAGAAGGAGGAGUUUCAGGAUGCUAUCGUCGAGGACUGCGCGUUGUUGGGUAUCAAGCCUGAUCAGGUCUCAUACACCAGCGACUGGUUUGACGAGCUAUAUGAUCGUUGCGUGCAGGCACUGAAGGACGGUCUCGCGUAUGCCGACGACACGCUUCAGCUGAAGAUGAGGGAGGAGCGCAUGGACGGUAUCGCUAGUGCUCGUCGGGAGGAGAGCAUUGAGGAUAACCUAUCCCGAUUCGAGGAGAUGAAGACGGGCAGCGAGGAGGGUCUACGAUGGUGUAUUCGUGCGAAGAUGUCCGUCGACAACCCCAACAAGGCUAUGCGCGAUCCCGUCAUCUACCGCUGCAACCCCCAAUCACACCACCGCACUGGAGCCAAGUGGAAGAUCUACCCAACCUACGACUUCUGCUGCCCCAUUGUCGACUCUCUCGAGGGCGUUACACACGCACUGCGCACGACCGAGUACAACGAUCGUGACGCCCAGUACCAGUGGUUUAUCGAGAACUUGAAGCUUCGCAAAGUGUACAACUGGGGCUUCUCGCGUUUGAACUUUGUCAGGACUGUUUUGUCCAAGCGGAAGCUCACCAAAAUCGUGGAUGCUGGCUUUGUUCGGGGCUGGGACGACCCUCGUAUGCCAACUGUUCGAGGUGUCCGUCGUCGCGGCGCUGUCAUUCCCGCCCUUCGCGAGUUCAUCCUCAAACAGGGCCCGUCCAAGAACAUCGUCAACCUCGACUGGUACUCGUUCUGGGCCACUAACAAAAAGCACAUUGAGCCCACUGCUGCGCGAUACACUGCCGUGGACGAGGUAGCCAAGGUCCCCGUCACCAUCAUCGGAGCGCGCGAGGGCAUCAUCACCGAAGAGGCCAAGAAGCACGCCAAAUACGACCUAGGCAACAAGAAAGUCGUCUUCAGCUCAUCAGUCCUCAUGGAGCAAGCCGACGCCGCCUCUUUCGCCCAAGACGAAGAAAUCACCCUAAUGAACUGGGGCAACGGCAUCGUCCGCAACAUCAGCCACUCCAUCAACCCCCUCGCCACACCCUCGGGCCUCAAAACCGUCACCGCCCUCGAAAUCGAACUCCACCUGCAAGGAAACGUGAAAAACACAUCCAAGAAGGUCACGUGGCUCUCGGCCGAUCAGAAUCUCAUCCCCAUUGAGCUGGUCGACUUUGACCACCUGAUUACUAAGGAUAAACUCGAGCCGGAGGAUACCCUGGAGGAUUUCCUCAACCCCACGACCGAGACGGUGACGAAGGCGCUGGCGGAUUGUAAUGUGGCGGAGCUUAAGGUGGAUGAUAUCGUGCAGUUUGAUAGGAAGGGCUUCUUUCGUAUUGAUCGGGCGUUUGCGCAUGGGGAGCCGGUUGUUGCUUAUCAGAUUCCGACGGGGAAGAGUAAGUAGAUGGUUGGGCUUGUGGGGAUCGACGCCGUUCUGGCUCGUGUGGUUGGGAUGCGUGUACUGAAAUUGAUGGGUAGGCUAGCGUAGAUACCAAUCCGGAGAG